UACACGAUGAACAGCUGGUAAUAGACUUUCAUCAACCCAGAUUCUGUCUGGUUGGGCGCAAUACAUACUGUACACAGCAAGCGUUCCCAAGUCACCCCCCAAAGACUCUCAAUCGCAGUCCUCAUCAUGGGCUGGGACCCUGCGACCAUCGCAGGCGUUGCGGCGCUUGUCGUCGCCAUUGUCGCCAUGAUCAUCGCCGUGGCCCAGGCUACCCAGCAAUACUUUAUCACCGGCCAGCAGAUCCGUCUGUGUGACAGUGUCGUGUACGGACCGAUGCCGGGCCAAGGCCGUCGCGUUUGGGAGAUGUCGCAGUUCCGCUUCCGUGUGCUGUACAGCAUGCCACAGAUAUCUCUCGAGCCGCGUCACUGGGGAUCUGGCGGCGGAGCUAUCAGGCGUUCGUGUGCUAUUGCGGAGCACCCUCUCCCGUGCCUUAGAGCUUGGGAUGCUCUAACAGAAGUAAAUUCAGGGCAAACGGUCAAUGAAAUGAGCUCACCUGGACAACAAGCUCUCCGCAGACGACGACCUGCGCCCGAGGCGGGCGAAGUGGAGAGGCAUGCCGGAAAGGAGACACGCAAAUCGACCGUCCCGCCAGGAGAAGCUUCUUGGGUCUCGUUUUGCCGAGCUGUGGAACGUUCAUGCGGCGACUCGAUACGGGUGGACUAUGUCGAAUGCGACGUCGAUCGAUGCCCAAGCGACCUCGUCAGCGUCCCGAUGCCCACCUCGAUGAGAGACAUUGUCAUCAUGGGCUUAACAGCGGGCAUGGUUGUCACGAGAGCAUCCUUUGAAGAAAAGUCCGUGUCGAUGCAGGGCCCAGCUGGGAGCUUGACCAGCGCGAGCCAUCCUGUCUUGGGACCCAUAUUGCAUUUCACCCCAACCACUCUGUGCCCCCCGGUGCCGCAGGCCUUCGGGGUGAGCAGGACAAGCCCGCGCGGCACCGUCGACGACCCCUGGCUGGGCAGGAUUUUGGACGUCCCUAGUGUCGCGAAUCAGUACUACCACUGGGUUAAGAGGCGCACGGCGCGCAGACUGGACGAAAGAUGGAUCAAGGAUCACCAAGGCUUGACGGGCUAUGAGAUUCACGUCGCCUCAGUCACGAAAACCAAGGCCUCUGCCAAGGGAACAAAUUUGGAGCAAAAGACAUCCCCCAGCGAUGGUGAGCGAAGAGGUCUAGCCAGGACCGACCCUUACCAACUGGUGGAGCACAAACCAGCGGAUGGCGCUUGGGUCAUGAUCAUUUAUCUACCACCUCCAUGUCCAUACGGGAAGCGGCGCGGACCACAGCGACGGGCUGGGUCUGGAGGAAUUCCAGAACCAGAUGGUGAAGCGAACCAAAAGCACUCCGCUAAAGGCCACGCACGUUCUGGGAAUGUCCAUGCGUCGUCGUACAGGAGGCCCAAGGUCGAGGAUGCCGAUGACGAGGGAGAAUCUGUGCAGCCCGUGGCCGAGAAGACGACCUCAUCGCCACCCGCAGAUCCCCGUAAGGAUUCCGAAUCGCCAGUACCACCUCUUCCACCCGGUUUCAACGAGCCACCAUCCCUCAUGCUUGAUGACGAGGAUGAGGGAGGGCAUGAGCGUGAUAACACGACAGACCCGUUAGCGGAACGCAAGAGGAUUGCAAAAGAGCGUCAAGCCGCAAGAGCUGUCAAGAUGGACGCAAUACAAAAGGACAUGUCUCUUGUCCAGCAGUCGGUCGAGCAGGGCGCGAUGACUUCACCCUAUGAAGAAGCAGCCGCCGAAAGGAGAGGAGACCAGAUCCCAAAGCUGCUGACCUACCAUUCGCUCCACAGUUCCGCUGACGCAGCUGAAAAGGAACCACCACCGGUCACGGACGAGGCGUACGAGGCUCGAGACAGGGAGAAGGAGAGGGAGGAGGCCAAAUUGGCGAGGGGCGAAGCCCGGCACAAGAGGAACCUGGCUCGAACGCAGGUCAUGAGGAUGACCAGGGUCGAUGUGUUCUGGCUAAGCCAGGUGGACAUCACCGGCGGGCAAUGGGUGACGCCCUGGCACGACGCUGAAUGCCUGCCGCUGUCAGCAGCUGCUGCAGGCGGCAUCACGGUCAUCCUCGAGGCCUUGCUCGGGUUUCUCGACGAGAAGUCGCUCCUCUAUACAGGUUCAAGCAUGGAAACGUACAGAUCCUUCCAAGAGACGGCCUACUGGAUGCUCGAGGGCAGGACGACGUCGUUCCCAGCCUACGCCCUCAAUGCGCGCGGCGGCGUCGUCGCCCAGGGUACGUACAUUGGCGUCAACAUCCCUGUACUGGAGGGCGUCGUGCCCGCGCUGCAGCUCCUACACUCGUACGAGUGGCAAGUCAGCACGACCCGGAACAACGAGGACAAUGUCGAGGAGUCUAACGUGGAGCUGAUGCGGAUCGACGCGUGGCUGUCAUACGUGGGACGCACCGAUCAGAUCGCCAACGGGCCCCGAAGGCUGCUCAAGCAGACGCCCGCCCUGAUCGCCCUGCUCGUGGAGGAGCACGAGCUCGACUUUCAGAACAUGGACCUGUCGGCGGAGGAGGGUGGGUGGCAGGACAUUGCCGAUGCGGCGGCGGAUCUGAUGGACACGCUGGUGGAGGAGGAGCUGAACGAAGCGGAGCAGCUCUACGUCCUCGUGGCCCUGCUGCGGACGUUGAAGGUGGUGCAGAGCGUGUGGGCGGGUUCCGACUCGCACGAUCUGCGGACAAUCCUGGAGCGAGAUGUCCAGGUCCACCUGGUCUAGUCAUACUAUUCUGCCAUACGUUGAUCUAUGCUGGGAAACGAAA